AAAGCAACAACUAGUUGUUUCCGAGUCUCUUGAUUUAGAAGGUGUCAUUGACGAGAUCCUCUCACUGCUGCCGGCCAAAUCUCUGCUCCGAUUCCGGUGUGUAUGCAAAGCAUGGCAGGCCCUGAUCUCCGAUCCUUAUUUCAUCAGAGAACACCUCAGCUGCAUCAACACCAACAUCAGCACCAGCUACUCUCUCCUUAUCAAUGACGAAGAAUGUUUCCGAUCCGCAGAAUGUGAAGCAAUAUUGGAGCCUGAUAAUCCUCUUUCGACCAGAAGGCUUGAUUUUCCGGCUGCUUUAUGUUAUGGAACCCUUGUACUGGAGAAUAUCAUGUGCUACCAAAACCUCCCUUUUAUCCUUCCUAUCCACGUUUUUGCGGGUUCGGCUAUGAUUCAACCACUGAUGAUUACAAACUUUUACUGGGUAGCUAUUACUCUGCUAAUGAGUUUGUUCUUGUCUUUACUCUCAAAACGGGUUCAUGGAGGAAGCUUGAAGGGGUCAAUAGCUAUUUCGGGGUGGAUACGAUGGGGUAUUGUAAAAAAGGGUGUUUAGUUAACGAAGCCCUCCAUUGGGUACUGGCUGAACUGGAUAAGUCGGAUGACGACGUUGGUUAUUUUGCUUCAAAAAUAGUGUCGUUUGAUUUAGCUGAGGAGACAUUUCAUGAGAUUCCAUUCCCGUACCCUCCCAAUCCAGUAAACAGGCGCGAAUGGAGUGAAUUGAUUGCUGCAGUUGGAAUUCUCGAUAAUUGCCUAACCCUGGGCUUUCAAUCCAUCGAUGCCUUAGCUGGCCGCAGUCUAAAUAUGUGGGUGAUGAAGGACUAUGGAGUUAAGGAAUCUUGGACCGAAGUCGUAAACAUCCCAUCCGGGGUUAUAGAAGGAGGGUAUAAGUGCAUUUCUCAGAAUGGUGAAGCUUUGUUCCGUUUGAAAAAUAGACACCCCUGGGGCCUGGUAAUGUGUAAUCCCAUGGAGAAGACGUUUAAGAUUUUGUUUGGACUUGAUGAUACAGCUACUUAUGUAGAGAGUUUAGUUUCACCAUUAAUGGGCAGUACUAAUGGUGCAAGCUUGUAAGACGAACAUUGCUAGUCUCCUUCACUCUUUUCCUUCUGUUUGCGAUGCUGAAGUAAUGUCACAUUUAGAGUUUCCUCUGCGUGAAUGGCUUGAGUCUUGUGCCUUAUCUGUUUGAUAUGAAUACAUGAUCAACUCACAUUUCACAUAUUGGUAGUUAUCCCUGAAGACCUGCAGAAUUCUAGUUCUUUUUCGAUAAUAGCAGAAUUUCAGUUCAAGUGGCUUGGUUUAGAGUCAUUACCUUUGAGUUGAAAAGUCCAACUGUAACCUGUGUUAUAGAUUGGAUUGGUACUUCUUGAUGCUGAAAUUUUAUGUUUUUGU